CCGCUGCUCCGUCCGCAUCGCCACAGCGGGUCCCUCCCGGGGAAGGAGCGGGCGAGGGCUUGGCCGGGCCCUGUCGCCCUCGUCGGCCGCGGAGUGGGGUGCUGGCUGGCUGAUAUUUAUAUAAUAUCUCUGCUUAAAUGUGACCUCGUCCCUAAUUGGAGGCUUCCUUUCCGUUUUCUAUGGCAACACUAGGGAACAGAUCACUCUGGGGAGGCUGGGUGAGAGGAGUAUCUGCAGACACUAUGAUGUCACCAAUAUUGCUCAGGAAUCCCUCCUUGCUGAUGAAGAGGAGAACGUGCCAACAGGAGUAGGAAUUGCAGUUUGGAAAGAACAAACAUAUCUAGUGACUCAGCUACUGGUGCUGCUCAGUCUUCACCUCUUUAUGUUAAAAUUGAACACAAUUGCCUCAGAAACCUGUGGAAAACAGAAAGGACAUGAGAGACUGCUCCCGUGAUGGCAGAGGUUUGUGGGAAAGAUUUUGUUGAACACUACCUGUCUCUUAAAUGCUAAAAGCAGAAGGCACUAGCUGGUAGCUCAGUGUGGAGCAAAAAUUUUAUUUUAAACUUCAAAAAUAAUUAUGUCAAAGAAAAGUCGUGCCAAGGGAGAGAAGCCCGAGAUGGAGAUUGAAGCCCUGCAAGCUGCUAAUGAGGAGCUACGAACUAAAUUAACCAACAUCCAGAUAGAAUUUCAACAAGAAAAAAGCAAGGUGGGAAAACUGAGAGAAAAAAUCCAAGAGGUUAAACAAGAAAGGGAGCAGGAGCAGCACAAGCACACUGCCUAUGUUUCUGAACUGAAAGCCAAGCUCCACGAGGAGAAAAUGAAAGAGCUUCAGAGUGUCAGAGAGCUACUGAUCCGGCAGCACGAGCAGGAGGUGGCAAGAAUGGUGAAAAUCAAAGAUGGUGAAAUUCAGCGUUUGCAGUCAACAGUCAAUGUCCUGCGGGACGGGGCGGCUGACAAAGUGAAGACGGCGCUGCUGAGCGAAGCAAAGGAGGAGGCUCGCAAGGCGUUCGACGGUGAACGAAUGAAGUUGCAACAAGAGAUCUUGGAGCUGAAAUCUGGCAAAAAACAGCUUGAAGAAGCUUUGAACAACAUUAUGCAGGCGGAUAAAAUGAAGGCUGCGGACCUGCGCACGGCUUAUCAGUCCCACCAGGAUGAGAUCCAUAGAAUAAAGCGUGAAUGUGAGAGAGAGAUCCGCAGGCUGAUGGACGAGAUAAAAGGCAAAGACAGGGUGAUUCUAGCUCUGGAGAAAGACCUUGGUGUCCAGGCAGGCCAUACACAGAAACUGCUACUUCAGAAAGAAGCUUUGGAUGAACAACUUGUCCAAGUGAAGGAGGCAGAACGAUACCAUAGUAGUCCUAAGAGAGAGCUUCCUGCAGGAGUAGGGGAUAUCACUGAACUCAUGGGAAGUCCGGAGCAGCAUUUGGAUGAACGAGAUGUGCGGAGAUUUCAGUUAAAAAUCGCUGAACUGAAUGCUGUAAUAAGGAAGCUGGAAGACAGAAAUACUCUCUUAGCAGAUGAAAGAAAUGAACUGCUGAAACGUUCUCGGGAGACAGAAAGUCAGCUGAAGCCUUUGGUAGAAAAAAAUAAGAGGAUGAGCAAAAAAAAUGAUGAUAUGUUGCAAAGUAUCCAGAGAAUGGAAGAAAAAAUAAAAAAUCUAUCAAGGGAAAAUGUAGAACUGAAAGAGAAGUUAUCUGCACAACCAGUGCUGAAGAGGCACACAUCUUUGAAUGAUCUCAGCAGCACACGAGAGGAACAAGAAAUUGAAUUCCUUAGACUGCAAGUCAAAGAACAACAGCAUGUUAUUGAUGAUCUCACAGUGGAAAGAGAACGGUUAUUGCGGUCUAAAAAACAGAGGAGGAAAAGUCUGAAGCCUCCAAAGAGGCAUGUUGUGGAGACAUUUUUUGGAUUUGAUGAAGAAUCUGUUGAUUCGGAAACAUCGUCUGUAACUUCAUACAACACAGAUAAAACAGACAGGACACCAGCAACACCAGAAGAAGAUUUGGAAGAUAGCACACCUAAAGAAGAAGCUGAACUAAGGUUCUGCCAGCUAACAAGAGAGUAUCAAGCUUUGCAACGAGCAUAUGCAUUGCUUCAAGAGCAAGUUGGCGGAACCCUGGAUGCAGAGAGAGAAGCAAGGACUCGCGAACAACUGCAAGCUGAUCUUCUCAGGUGUCAGGCAAAAAUUGAGGACCUGGAGAAAGCUCUAAUCGAGAAAGGACAGGAUUCAAAAUGGGUAGAAGAAAAGCAGCUGUUAAUUAGAACAAAUCAGGAGUUACUAGAGAAGAUUUACAGAAUGGAACAAGAAGAGCAUCAGCUGAAGAAUGAGAUGCAAGAUGCAAAAGACCAGAAUGAGCUGUUAGAAUUCAGAGUGCUAGAGCUUGAAGAGAGAGAGCGAAGGUCUCCAGCAUUUAAUCUUCAUAUAACCACCUUCCCUGAAAACAAUGGAAGUGCACUUCAACUGUUCUGUCAUCAGGAAGGAAUAAAGGAUGUGAACAUAUCUGAACUUAUGAAGAAAUUAGAUAUUCUUGGAGAUAAUGGGAAUUUGAGAAACGAAGAGCAGGUUGCAAUAAUCCAAGCUGGGACUGUGCUUUCCCUCUGUGAAAAGUGGUUGAAACAGAUAGAGGGGACAGAAGCUGCACUGACACAGAAGAUGUUAGACCUGGAGAAUGAAAAGGACCUGUUCAGUAAACAGAAGGGUUAUUUAGAGGAAGAACUCGACUACAGGAAGCAAGCUCUGGACCAGGCUUACAUGAAAAUCCAGGAGCUGGAAGCCACGCUGUAUAAUGCCCUGCAGCAGGAUCCAGGAAGGAGGGCGAGCGAGUCUCUGACAGAAGCCCAGAGGGAGGAUUUGCGAGCUGCAGUGGAGAAGGUGCGGCGGCAGAUCCUGAGGCAGAGCCGUGAGUUUGACAGCCAGAUCUUGCACGAGCGAAUGGAGCUGCUGCAGCAGGCACAGCAGCGAAUUCGAGAUCUAGAAGAUAAAAUAGAGCUUCAAAAGAGGCAACUCAAAGAAAUUGAGGAAAAGCAUUCAUUCUGUGGCCUUGAUGACACAACCGAGCCAAGAUGUGUGGCUAUUAAAAGAGCGUAUGGAGUGAACAGCUGA